AUGGCUGCCAACGGCGAUACCAAAUACGACGACAUCGAGUCCGAGUCCGAGUCUGGCGAGUCCUUUGACGGCCACGUCGACGCCGGCGAUGGCUUCGAGGACAAGCCCCUCAAGUCGGCCCUGAAAAAGUCCAACCCUGCCAUCCCAGACCAGUCUGUCCCAAGGCCCCCGCUGCCCCCGCAAACCGACCCGAAAGAUCUCGACAUCGCCAGCCUGUCUCCCCUCACCCCCGAGAUUAUCGCCCGCCAAGCCACCAUCAACAUUGGUACCAUCGGCCAUGUCGCCCACGGCAAGUCGACCGUCGUCAAGGCCAUCUCGGGCGUCCAGACGGUUCGCUUCAAGAACGAGCUGAUCCGUAACAUCACCAUCAAGCUGGGUUAUGCCAACGCCAAGAUCUACAAGUGUGACAACGCCGACUGCCCGCGCCCUGGGUGCUACCGAAGCUACAAGAGCGAGAAGGAGGUCGACCCGCCCUGCGAGCGAGAUGGCUGCAGCGGCACCUACAGGCUACUGCGACACGUCUCCUUCGUCGACUGCCCCGGCCACGACAUUCUCAUGAGCACCAUGUUGUCGGGUGCCGCCGUCAUGGACGCAGCCCUUCUGCUAAUCGCCGGCAAUGAAUCGUGCCCCCAGCCCCAGACCUCGGAGCAUCUGGCUGCAAUUGAAAUCAUGAAGCUGGACAAGAUUAUCAUCCUGCAAAACAAGGUCGAUCUCAUGAGAGAGGAGGCCGCCCAGCAACACUACGACUCCAUUCUCAAGUUCAUCCGAGGAACGGUCGCAGGCAAGUCCCCCGUAAUCCCCAUCUCGGCCCAGCUCAAGUUCAACAUCGAUGCCGUCAACGAGGCCAUUGUCAACACCAUCCCUGUGCCCCCCAGAGACUUCACCAUGGACCCUCACAUGAUUGUCAUCCGAUCUUUCGACGUCAACAAGCCCGGCGCGGAGAUUGACGAGCUCAAGGGCGGUGUUGCCGGUGGCAGUAUUUUGCACGGCGUCGUCAAGCUGGGCGACGAGAUUGAGAUUCGGCCUGGCAUCGUGUCUCGAGACGACGCGGGCUCUUUGAAAUGCACCCCCAUCUUCAGCAGAGUCGUCUCGCUCAACUCGGAGGCCAACGACCUCAAGUACGCCGUUCCCGGUGGCCUGAUUGGCGUCGGUACGCGGAUCGACCCUACCCUCUGCCGAGCCGAUCGACUGGUCGGGUUCGUCUUGGGUCUCAGGGGAAGACUCCCCGAAAUCUACAGCGAGAUCGAGGUCAACUUCUACCUCCUGCGCCGCCUCCUCGGUGUGAGGACUGCGGACGGCAAGCAGGCCAAGGUCGCCAAGCUGGCUAAGAACGAGGUCAUCAUGGUCAACAUCGGCUCGACUUCGACGGGCGCCAAGGUUGCCGCCAUCAAGAACGAUGCCGCCAAGCUCGUCCUGACCAGCCCCGCCUGCACAACCAUUGGCGAGAAGGUUGCGCUGAGUCGACGCAUCGAAAAGCACUGGCGACUCAUCGGCUGGGCUACCAUCGCAGCCGGUGUGACGCUGGAGCCUAGCAUGUCUUGA